GGAAAGUUUCUUCAGUCAAACCGUGGACGGUGCCGGUCGUGUCGUGAGAAUGAAGGUCAUCACCUGUGAGAUUUCCUGGCACAAUCGUGAGCCUGUGUACAGCGUCGAUUUUCAGCAUGGCAACCACAAAUAUAACAGAAUGGCCUCUGCCGGGGUUGAUACUGCAGUGCGGCUAUGGAAGGUGGAGAAAAAUGAAGAAGGGAAAGCAGUGGUAGAGUUUCUAGCCAGUCUCUCUCGUCACACCAAGGCCGUCAACGUUGUGCGAUUCUCCACCAAUGGGGAGAUCUUGGCAUCAGGUGGAGAUGAUGCAGUAAUAUUAUUAUGGAAACUAAGUGAAAGCAAAGAGGUGGAAUCUACUCCUUUUAACGAAGAAGAGGAGACUGAGUUGAGCAAGGAGAACUGGACUGUAUUUAAGUCUCUGAGGGGUCACUUGGAAGAUGUGUACGACAUUAGCUGGACACAGGACAGCAACUUCAUGGUUUCAGCGUCUGUGGACAAUUCGGCUAUUAUGUGGGAUGCUGUUAAAGGUCAGAAGAUGUGUAUAUUUAAUGAGCAUAAGAGUUAUGUGCAGGGGGUCACCUGGGAUCCUCUAGGACAGUACAUUGCAACGCUAAGCUGUGACCGAGUAAUGAGAGUGUACAGAACUGAAACCAAAAGAGUUGCCUUCAAUGUCAGCAAGAUGUUGUCUGCUAACACCACACCUGAAGGAGAGACUAAAACUUACCGGAUGUUUCAUGAUGACAGUAUGAAGUCUUUCUUUAGGAGGCUUACAUUUACACCUGACGGCUCGCUCCUCCUCACCCCAGCUGGAUUUGUGGAAGUAGGAGAGUCCUUUGUUAACACAACAUACGUGUUCUCUAGGAAGAGUCUUAAGAGGCCCAUAGCACAUCUUCCGUGCCCAAGAAAGGCCACUCUUGCAAUUCGAUGUUGUCCUGUCUUUUUUGAGUUGAGACCCGGUGUCAAAGAUGUGAACGGAGACGUGCCCCAGCAAAGUCUUGUCUCUCUGCCGUAUCGCAUGGUUUUCGCUGUUGCCUCAGAGGAUGCUGUGAUUUUCUAUGACACGCAGCAGCUUUUACCUUUUGGUUAUGUUUCCAAUGUGCAUUACCACACCCUGAGCGACCUAUCAUGGUCCAGUGAUGGGUCGUUUCUGUCAAUCUCUUCCACUGACGGAUACUGCUCGUUUGUGACUUUUGAUGAAGGUGAACUUGGAGUUCCUCUUAAAGAGAAGCCUGUUUUAAGUACUCCAGCCGCAGAAAAGAAGGUCAGGAGAUCUCAAGGGAGAAGGGUUUCGUCCCCAAUUUUACGAGCGGGUGAACUUACGCCUGCUGCUCGACUGCAAGAUCAGUCUAGUCCAGCCACACCACUGCAAAGCAGACAGCCUGCCACGGGCAAUCCUCCAACAACACCAGUGGGAAUAACCAUUAUCCCUGCGACCCCUACCUCGGAGGAACGGAAAAACGCUCAAAACAAAAAUGCACCGCCCAGAAGAAUUACUCUGAACACCUUGGAAGCUUGGAGCAAGCCCACUAACCCCAGCCCCAGGAGAAUUAAUCUGAUUCCUGUAAAGACGACAAAGUCACCAAGCACAGAGCCGACAGUACCAGUAUCCCCUCAACCCAGCCGAGUGCAGCCCAGCAGCACUGAAAACUCACCGAUUCAAGACCCCAGCUGUAAACCCCCAGAGUCAAAGCGUCUAAAAACAGAACAACCUGCAGUCGUCGUUAUAGAAGAUAAAAGCGCUGUCCCCAGUAUGGAUACAGCAGAGUAAGAACUGGUUGGACUGCGUGCCCUUCAGAGUGCAGGACAGAUAACCCUGCAUGCUACACGGCAAGCUCACCCACCCCCCAGAAGACUCCCCUUCUGUUUUGUUGCUAUGACUGGGCUUUUCUACCCUUCUUGUCAUUGUGUUCUGCCCUUUUACUAGUCUUUUGCGGUAAGUUCCUCUGCCAAGAAAUUCUGAGGGCAAUAGCUCCACCGAUGACGGCGGAUCCGAUUUUAUCCUGAUAAUAACAUACAACGAAGAAACUACUCCUCCCACUCUCCUGCUGGUUAAUAGAAAUAUAUGUAGCUCCGCUGUCAGGCUCAAUUACCAAGGAAAGCCACUUAAAGUGCAAAUAUGGUCUUGAAUUUAAAAAUACUGAAAGUAAGCACGGUAGGUUAUGAGGCCCCUUUGACACUGGGUAAGUGGUCAUCCUGCACUGGUAUUAAUACAGCAGCAGGCAGCUCCAUUCAUUCUCUAAGGGAUUGAUGAAGAUAACUGAGCACAAAGCAUGAAUGCGGCGACAGCCCACUCGCUCAAUCUGUCGCUCUAUUCUUACAGGCGCAUGGGACUGGCAUAUUUGUGAUCAGUAGUGCCCCCACCCCACCGAUUUAGAUGCUUGGCUCCAACCUCGUACAUAGGUAGUAAGUUGAUUUUAUAGUACAGCCCCUUUAACUCUGUCUACGCAGUGAUUUGGAGAUCAGAACCAGAAAAAUCUAAGCUCUGAUAUAAAGAUGUAUUAAAAGAUUAAUCGGCACAGCGUUUUUGUCUAAAAUAUAACCUUAAAAUGUGGACGUGUACUUGACCGCUGGGUUUUUCAAUGUUUUAUUCAUGUUUCAUGGAAUGUAUAAUUUGGUUACUACUUCCUGCCACCCCCUUAGACGUACCCAGACUGUAGUCUGAUUGUAACGUCCAGGGGCGAUAGAUACUUUAGUCUUGGGAUCCACUUGUCUCAUUAAAUGUACAGAAUCUGCACUGAAGGGAAAUGUAUAUUCUGCUAUAGAUGGAGGGGUCAACACUUGGUAAAUGUGGUUAUGUCGGCUGCAUAAGGGAAAUGAACCCCUGAAGGUCAGCAAGACGUUUUUAUUAAAGGGGUUGUCUCCCUUUAGCAAGUGGCAUUUAUCAUGUAGAUAAAGUUAAUACAAGCCACUUACUAAUGUAUUGUAAUUCUCAAUAUUGCCUCCUUUGCUGGCUGGAUUCAUUUUUCCAUCACAUUAUACACUGCUCGUUUCCAUGGUUGCAGACCACCCUGCAGUACAUCAGUAAUAUGGAGAAUCCCAAUACAUUAGUAAGUGCCUUGUAUUACGUUUCUCUACAUGAUAAAUGCCACUUACUGAAGUGAGACAACCCCUUUCAGUUACUGUUUUCAUAAGGUUGCUUCAUAUCUUUAGUGAUGUAUAUCUGGCCGUAGACCUGAGCUGUCAGCCCAAAAUGCUGAGGGGGCAGUCAGCAGCUCUCUUUGCCUACAAAGAAUCUGAUGGGUAAAAAUCCAAGUUGUUCCAUCCUAGUGCCCGCACCCCCAGACUGUAAAGUUCAGAGACUAUUUGCCCCUGGAAGAUUUUUGAGUCUGGAGGGUUUUGCUGGAGUAGAAUCCAAUGUAUAAGGCCAGAGGCGUUUUUAUUCCGUUUUUUUUGUGCUUGCUUUCUAUGGGGGAAAAAGUUUUCUCUUUGCAACAUGUAGAAAUAUUUUGCCAGUUCCUUGGUGGUUCUCUCUAUAUUGUAUCCUGCACUUUGUACAAGCAGUCACUGGGCCUCCUGCCUCAGACCUGUCUAAAACAAGGGAACAAGGCAAUUUUGUCCCAAAGUUUUUAACUUGAGGCCCGCUUGGUGUGUAAACUUUGAGGCACUGGUUUGGGGGUCAUUCAAUGAAUUUUGAAGCAGUUGUUCCUUUUUAGUUUUUUGCUUUCGGGUCAUCAGUUGAGCAGUAAGGACAGCUGUUACUUCUCUUUUUGGACCCACACCCAUUUUCUGCUCAAAAGGACGUAUGCAGCAAAAGUAUCACAGCUGCACUGUAUGUUUGUAGUCGGUUAGUAUUUUAUAUAUAUAUGUAUUAUAUUUGUACAUCGUCACAUUCACCUGAUGUGUAAAUGUUUCCAGACUUAAUGUAUUUUUUGUGAUUUUUUUUUUUUUUUUUUUUUCAGG